CGGUUAGGUUUUUUGAACGCACUCUGAAUUCUACAAGAUACUUUCGAUUCUUUUUCUUCUUUUAAAUAAAAAGAAGAACACGUGUAGCUGAUCGCGCAUUAAAUUUAUUAAAAGUUACGCGCGCAGUGUUUAUAUUCAACUGUUGCUCGUUUUAUAUCGCUUGCAUCAUCUGUCGAUAAAACACGGUACAGCAAAGAGGAGAGAUGUAGAAUUUUACGUGGUGCACGACAAACUAGUAGAAAACAGCAAUUCCAGAUUGAAUAUAUAAGAUUGACGUCGAUGGAAGCUAAGUAAAUUGUCGGACAGAUAAAUGAUUAAAUUUGUUUCAGAGCAAGUAACAGUCAGGAUCGUCGUGUACGAUACGAACGUAGAGGACGUUUUGCAAUCUUGACGGCAUUACAGCCCUCAUGAAUUUAAUGAUACUUUGACCGAUCACUUUGAUCGAGACGUUUUUCACUGGAUACGCAAAGCGAAGAGGUGUAAAAUUUUAUGUGCCGGACAACAAACUGGUAGUCGAUCAGAAAGAAGCAAUUCCAGUUUGAAUACAUCGGACUGACAUCGAUGGAAGCUAAGGAAAUUGUCAGACAGAUAAAUGAUGAAAUAACACUCAGGAUCAAUGUAGGGGAGGACAUUGCUUUGACCGAGACGACGUUUUCACUGGAUAUCAUCCGCCAGUAGAAGAGCGUGGUAUUUCAUUUGGCGCGCAACAAACUGGUAGCCGAAUCGGAAGAAGCAAUUCCAGAUCAAACACAUAUCGGAUCGACAUGGACAGAAGACAGUUUAAUAGAAAUUGUCUGUAUACUAUUUAUUUCUUGCUUUUCAUACAGCGCAAUCUAAGAGUCUAUUGCAAAUGAUUGAGGUUAAGUGGCAGUCAGGAUCAUCGUCAACGUAUACAUAGAGAACAGUUUAGAGCAGUCUUAGUGGCCUCGUAAAUUUACGAAGCGAUACUUUGACAUCACUUUAACCGAGACGUGGCUAUUUCUUUCUUUACUUUCUUCUUUUUUCUCUUUGUUUCGUGCGUUUCUUCCAAUGGAAUCAUUGGACAAAGAAGAAUUGAGCAAAAAAUCUAAGCGAAGUUUCGUACAAGCUUGGCUUAAGGAUGAUCGUUAUAAACAAUGGAUAUGUGCAGUAUCGUUCGAUGACACUCUCUAUCAUUGCACUGUAUGUAAUAGAAAUUUUUCGUGCAACGCAUCACAUGUUUCCAGACACGCAGAUUCUGCGUGUCAUCGAAAACAUUUAAAAAAAAGCACGUCAUUAUCUAAUGACGAUGACAUUAAUGUACAAAAUAAAACGUUAACUAGACCAGUAUUUAAAAACGAAUGGCUAGAUGUAAGUAAUUUUAAACUAUGGUUACGUGAAGUUCCGGAUAACGAAAGUGUAUGUUUUUGUGCAAUUUGCGAUAAAAGCUUUACUGCUCGUUUAUCGCAGAUUCGUCGGCACGCAGAAUCUCAAAAUCAUUUAAACACGUGUAAAAGGAAAGGUAUUGAAACGAGCGAGGUAAACGACGAUAUCAAUACCGACGAUGAAGAUGAAGCUCUUUUAACGUUUGAUGCGCGUAAAAAAACAGCGGAAAUACAAUUUGCCGCUUUAAUUGCAGAAAAAAAUAUACCUUUUCAAACUGCACAAGACAUUUUGAACUUUUUCCAAGAAAUAGGACAGGAACCUAAGGUGUUGAAAAAUAUGAACAUGGGUCGAACGAAAUGUAGCAAUAUAAUUUCCAACGUUUUGUGUCCGGUCGAGAUCGAACGCGUCGUUAACAAGCUGCAGAGAACAAAAUUCUCCAUUUUCAUUGAUGAAGCAUCUGACAUCUGCAACGAAAAAUGGAUGAUAUUGUUCGUCCGAUACGUUGAUCCUGAGACAUUAGAUAUUCGCUCACAAUUAUUGAAAUUGAUCAACAUUGAUACGGGAGAUUCCAAUGCCGACAACUUAUUCCAUACAUUUCAGUGUGAAAUGAAGAAACUGCAGAUUCCCUUUUCAAAUAUUAUUGCCUUGUCGUGUGACAAUACACCCGUAAUGACAGGGAAACAUUUAUCUUUUGAAACUAAAUUGAGAGGGAUGUGCAAAUAUUUGUUAACAUUUCCAUGCCCGUGCCAUUCUUCCGCAUUAGCUGCGCACGCUGCAUGUGCGAAGAUACCGUCAUUUUGUGAGAGGUUUCUGAAAAAGAUAGUUAAUUAUAUUAAUAGAAUAAAUCAUUCGAAACAUUCGGCAACUUUUAACGAGUUUUCUGAUUGCUUUCAAGAAACGUAUCGCAAAAUUUUAAAAUUAAGUGACACGCGCUGGAUAUCUCACUACAUAUGUGUCGAAAGACUUCUCGAGUCAUGGCAUACAAUUCAAUACUUUCUGCAAGAAAUGAUCGCGAGCGAUAAAACAAAAUCUGCAGAACAUCUUUUGUCGAUGAUGGAAAAUGCAGAAAUGAAAGCUUAUUUUCUUUUCGUUAAACAUAUCUUAUAUCUGUUUAACGAAUUUAGUGUAUUCUUCCAAUCUACAGAAACGAGGAUCCAUUUCUUGCAAAUAAAAUCAGUUAACUUUCUUUUCCAAGUCUGCCAAAAUUUUAUUAAAAAGGAUUAUCUAAAAGAUAUAGCCACAAAUAUUAAUUUUGCACAAAAAAAAAUUCAAAAAGAUACGAAUGAGAUUUUUCUUGGAUCAGAAUGUGAGGAAUAUCUCAACAAUUUAAUGAUAGAGGGUCACAUAGAUACAAUUACAACCAUUCGACAAAACUGUUUACAAUUUUACAUCGUUGCUGCACAAGAAAUACGUAAAAGAUUGCCCAUUACAAAUGAUUUUUUGAAUAAUUUACAAGUUUUUGGAGCAUCUAUGUCUCUAUUAGAUGAUAAUAGAGAAACAUCGUUCCACCAUGUCUCUUUCGUUGCGAGAAAUCUUGGUGGCUUCGAUGAAGAGUACCUAAAAGAAGAGUGGUUUACUUUACCAACAGAUUUUACUACAGAAGAAAAAAAGAGUAUGGCGGCAUUAAAUUUUGACGACAUGUGGAAAGCAAUCGUGCAGCGCCAAUUGCCAAAUAGUAUUUAUAAAUAUCCCAAUUUGAGAAAUAUUCUCAAUGCUGUUCGAUCAUUUCCUAAUUCAAACGCAGAUCCGGAGAGAAUGUUUUCAAUCUUAACUGAAUUAAAAUCCAACACACGUAACAAGCUUUCUUCGACAUGCGUUAAUGCUACUUGCGUACUAAAAUCAGCGUUGAAAAACAGAGGCGAAACAGGUACUAGUGUAAUAAUAAACCGACCGCAUUUGUCUCGUAUGAUGUCUGACAAAUUAUAUCCAACUUUUCCUACAAAAAAGAAAAAAGAAGAAAGUAAUUCUACUUUACACGAUGCAAAUGAAAUUGCUGGUUGCUCGUACGAAUAAUUGCAGUUUCUAUGCUUUUAUCUGGAAUACGACUUUUAAUUACACAAAUAUUAUAAAACGAGAAGAAUUUAAUCUGGUUUUAAUGUUUAUAGGGUGUCACAGAAUAACUGCACCAGAAGAGUUCUCGAAUCAAAGAAAAUCACUUUUUUCUUUACGAAACUUCAAUCCGAACGAUAGUUUUUAAACGAGAGCUAUUUCAAGUUACUGGGUCGCGUGCCAGUCAGGAGUCGAGGCUCGUGCCGCAUCAUCAAGUAUCACGUGAGUGGUGGAUGGAAAAAUUGUUUAAAAGGAUAAUUGACGCUGGCACACCAAUAUGAUAAAGUUAAAAACUAUCAUUGGGUUUUCGUAAGGGAAAAAGUUGUUUUCUUUGCUCUCAGGAAUCUUUUGGUAUAUUUCGCGCGUGAUUAUUCUGGAAUACCCUAUAGAAGCGCGCGUCUCACAUUGUUGAUUGUAACGGACAUUAUUGUUUCAUAUAUUUUAACGUUCAGUAGCACCAAAUGUUUUUCCAUAAAAUGAAAAAUGUGUUAUAUUCCAUUUGUUCAUAUUCAUUACGUUUUAAAAAAUAUGUAUCUUAAUAAUUAUAUUCCUACAUUAUGUAUUUUGUAAUAAAGAUAGUUGAUAUUUUGUGUCAUAAGGUUUGUAAGGAAAA